CGCCGGAUACCCUGAAAGUUUAACCAGUUGUAAGUUUAACAGUCAAACUCGGCGAUGAGCGACUACCUUCACCUUCUGAUCUCUGUCACAGUUCUGCUAGGUUUGGGUUCCUUCGAGCCGGUCUUUGAUAUCACGGAUCCAGCGUUUAUUGAGGAAUGCGUGAGAGAACACAACAAGCACCGCGCCGACGUGACGCCUACGGCCGCAAACAUGCGCUACAUGACGUGGGAUGAAGGACUGGCGGAGACGGCGCGGGCCUGGGCCAGAUUCUGCCUCUUUGAACAUAACAUUUACCUCAGGGAGGUGAGAAGGAUACAUCCCACAUUCACAUCUGUGGGAGAAAACAUCUGGGCAGGAGCGCCGUACUCCUUAUUCAAACCUGAAUCUGCAGUGAAGUUGUGGAAGGACGAGGACCAAGAUUACAAUUACGAUACAGACCAGUGCACAAAAGUAUGCGGCCACUACACACAGAUUGUCUGGGCAGAUUCGUACAAGGUUGGUUGCGCUGCACAAGCGUGUCCCAAUGGUGUGGCUGAAACAACCUUCUCAACAAAGCCUGGAAUAAUUUUUGUGUGCAAUUAUGCGACAGCAGGAAAUUAUCCAGUAUCUCCGUACAGAAGAGGCGAUUCAUGCAGCGGCUGCAGACAAGAGACGUGUGCAAACAACCUCUGUCAAAACUCCACCCGCGACGCGCCGCAGAGUUAUAACUGGACUCCAGACUGGGACCCAGCGCUGUCCUCCUGCGGCUCAUUCUGCCUGGUGGUUGUGAUUAUCAGACUCAUAUCAGUCCCGCUCAUGUUUGCCUGCGUUUACUGCCUACAGCGCCGUUAUUAUCUGUUUGCAUAUGAGUAAACAGCCUGAACUCAACCACAAAACGAUGAAAGUCCACAUUCAGCCGAAGCCACACUUCCACUUGGACAGAGAGGAACAUUAACGCUCUGAUGCACAUUUAAUGCAAAGAAUAAUAAACGAUAAGGAAUAAGAUGCCUACUGAUUGUAAAAUAACUUUGUAUAAUAACUCCUUCACACAUGUAAUUGAAUUUUUGGAUGCUUAGUUAA